AUGCAAAACUAUCCGACGGAACCCCUCAAAACUUUAAUCGACUCUGGCGCCACAUCCAAUUUUAUAUCCCCCACGAUUGUUGAAAAACUCAAAAUCCCAAAAACCCUGCUCGAAAAUCCAAGAGUAGUGAGGAUGCUAGAUGGUACCAUUUCCCAGACUGGUUGCAUAUGGCACCAGGUCCAACUCGCGGUUUUGGCCAAUGGCCAUUCACAUACCAUUCCCUUCCUUGUCUGUCCUAUUGGAAACACCCCCGCCAUCUUAGGGAUGACUUGGCUCUCAUCUGAAUCUCCCCUCAUUGACUGGCAACAGGGCCUAGUCACAUUCCCAGAGCAAGUACAAAUUGCCUCCGAGGAGGAAGCCGAUCCCAACCCUUUGGCAGAUCUCCCCACACAAUAUCUAGAAUUUGCAAAGGUGUUUGGGGAAGAGGAGUUUAAGGUGCUUCCUCCGCAUAGAGAAUACGACAUAGCCAUAGAUCUCCUGCCAGACGCCAAACUCUCCCCUGGUCCCAUUUACGGCAUGACAGACGCAGAAUCCAAAGCCCUGAAGCAACACAUUGAUGAAGAACUAGCAACGGGCAAGAUCCGCCCCAGCACUUCAUCAGCAGGUGCCCCAGUCAUGUUUGUAAAAAAGGCAGAUGGUUCCCUCAGGCUGGUGGUAGAUUACCGAAAACUCAACGACGUAACCCAUAAGAACGUUUACCCCCUACCAAGGCAAGACGAUCUCAUGGCCAAACUAAGGCAUGCAAAAAUGUUCACAAAACUGGAUCUCCGCUGGGGUUACAAUAACGUCCGGAUCAAGGAAGGUGACGAAUGGAAAACUGCCUUCCGCACCAAAUAUGGGUUAUUUGAAUACUUGGUCAUGCCUUUCGGUCUCACAAACGCUCCCGCCGCAUUUCAACACUUUAUGAAUGACCUGUUCAGGGACCUGAUCGACGUAACAGUGGUAAUUUACUUAGAUGACAUUCUCAUCUUCUCAGAAAAGCCGGAGGAACACCCGCUCCACGUCAGAGAAGUUCUGUCUAGACUAAUGAAGAACCAGUUGUUUUGCAAACUGUCAAAAUGUCAUUUCCACGUCACUACGGUGGAUUACUUGGGCAUCGUCAUAUCUCCAGCCGGCUUCUCCAUGGACCAGAAGAAGAUUGAGGCAGUCACGUCGUGGCCACAGCCCAAGACAAUUAAACAGGUCCAGGCCUUCCUAGGGUUUGUCAAUUACCUCCGCCGGUUUAUCCCCAACUUCAGCUUGGUCGCACGCCCUCUGCAUAAUCUCACCAGAAAGGAAACCCCUUGGUCUUGGGGUAACCUAGAGGAAGAAGCGUUUCAGGAAUUAAAGCUUCUUGUCACCCAGUCACCGGUUCUUAUCCACUCCAACCCGGACCUACCCUACUACCUCGAAACGGACGCAUCAGGGGUGGCAAUGGGAGCAAUACUCAGCCAACGAGGCCCAGACAACCGGUUACACCCCAUUGCUUACAUGUCCAAGUCAUUCUCAGGAGCAGAAGCUAAUUACGACACCCACGAUAAGGAGCUCCUGGCUAUCAUUAAAGCACUAGAGGAAUGGAGGAUAUUCUUGGAAGCAACGGACAGACCGGUACAAGUCUUCACGGAUCAUAGGAAUCUGGAGUAUUGGAUGCAGGCACGGACAUUCAACCGCAGGCAUGCCCGAUGGCGUGUAUUCCUGAGCGAUUUCAACUUUGAAAUCCACUAUCGCCCAGGAAAGCAAUCAGGGAAACCAGACGCCCUAUCCAGACGAUCGGAUUACCUUGAUGUACCACUGGAACCAGAAAUCAUGCUCCCAACAGAGGUCUUUGCAAAUACGUCAGAAGAGGAGCUGGAGAUUGUCACCGAAAUACGUUCUAGGUUGAAAGAAGACCCUUCCCUAGAACAGAUUAUCCAGUUUCUAACAGAGGACGCUGAUAACGCCCCACCAUCCAUACAAAAGGCGUACCGAGAAUAUGACUGGGAGGAAGACUUACUCUGGUACCGUGGCAAACUAGUGGUACCCGACCACGAGCCCCUGAAGGAAAGACUGCUGAAGGAAUUUCAUGACUCUCCCCUGGCAGGACAUCCAGGUCAGCAAAGAACCCUAGAGCUCCUAAGUCAAAACUACUGGUGGCCAGGCAUGAAGUCCUCAGCCAAGGAAUGGGUGGAAUGUUGCCCAACUUGCCAAGCAAACCGUCAAGCCCAUGCACCGGUUAUAGCCCUGAAACCCCUGGAAGUCCCACCGUACCCUUUUCACACUAUAUUGUACGACUUCAUCACCGGGUUCCCCAAGUCCCAGGGCCAUGAUGCUAUCCUUGUGGUUAUUGAUUCAUUUUCCAAGUUUGGGCACUUCAUCCCUACAUCCAAGAAAGUCACAUCCAAAGGGUUGGCGGACUUAUUUGUAACGCAUAUCUGGAAACUCCACGGCUUACCAAUCAAGACCGUCUCAGACCGCGGUACCACGUUCACGGGAAAGUUUCUCCGAGCACUCUACCAAAGAUUGGGGAUCAAACCUUCCUUCUCCUCUGCUUACCACCCAGAAUCCGACGGACAAACAGAAAGGGUUAAUCAAUUCAUCGAAUUCUACCUAAGGUCAUACGUAGCAGCCGAUCACUCAGACUGGACCACUUGGCUUCCCUUAGCGGAAUAUGCGUAUAAUAACGCCAAACACGCGUCCACAGGAAAAACCCCCUUCGAACUGGUUUACGGAAGGAAUCCAGUGAUGAACCCCUCCAAUGUCCCAGCCAACGUACCAGAGGCAGAUGAGGUAGCAGACACCCUAGCUCGGGAAUGGAAAGAAGCCGAGUCAGCCCUCAGACUAAGCAAGGAACGGAUGACCAAGAACCAAGGAACAAUACCAGAGUAUUCAGUAGGAGAAAAGGUUUGGCUGGAUGGAAAGAACGUAGAAUUAAGGACAAAUUCAAAUAAACUGGAUCCCAAACAACUUGGUCCCUUCAAAAUAGUCGAAAAAAUCUCUAGUCACGCCUACCGCCUAGAGCUACCAGAGACCCUGAAGAUCCAUGACGUGUUCUACGUUGGAUUGCUAUCCAAAACCCACAAAUCCCCAAGCCAGCCAUUCCCGGACCAACCUCCCCCUGAAACAAUAGAGGGAGAAGAAGAAUACGAAGUAGAACAAAUCAUAGACUCCAAACGACAACGGGGUAAAUGGUUCUACUUAAUAAAAUGGAAAGGAUAUGGCCCGGAAGAUAACUCAUGGGAACCGGAAGAGCUGCUGGAACACAGCCAGGAAGAAAUAAAGCGGUUCAACCAAGCUAGACUCAGAAAGGCUUGUGACGCCGCCAAGAGCCUUUAA